AAGCCACUGCUAACCAACUAUUACUCCGCUGUUCACCCCACUGUUAACCAGUUCGCCUGUUUUGAUGUGUUGGGAUUUUACCCAAUCAGAUUUUUGUUUUACUGCUUUUACCGCUUUCCCCCGGGUUCGCCAGCAUCCGGAGACGGUGAACCAGACCGCAUGAAUCAGUCACGACCAGUUGGAUCGCAAACUAAAAAAAUAUGAGUGGCGCCGAGACAACAGAAGCCGAAGCACAGGCCCAAAAUCAGGCGAAUGGAAACAGGACCAGGUCGCGAUCCCACUUGGAUAACACAAUUGCCAUCCGAUUGAUGCCGCUGCCAGUGCGCAACCAAGUAUGUGCCCACCUGGACGCCCUGGAUGUGUGGAAACAGUUGGCAACAGCUGCAAAUCUUUAUCCGGACCAAGUGGAGCAGAUCAACACCCAGAGGCAGCGAGGUCGCUCCGCCUCCAAUGAAUUCCUCAACAUUUGGGGCGGUCAGUACAAUCACACGGUUCAAACAUUGUUUGCUUUGUUUAAAAAAUUGAAACUCCACAAUGCCAUGCGGAUAAUUAAAGACUAUGUGAGCGAGGAUCUGCACAGGUAUAUUCCCAGGAGCGUGCCCACUAUCAGCGAUCUGCGAGCACCGGUCGAUCCCAGUGCCAGGGUGGACAAUGGCCCACCAUUUCCCUCCUCCUCGGGCGUCAGCAACUCGAACAACAAUCGCACUAGCAGCAAGGCAGAGGAAAUCCCCAGCCUGGAGUCCCUCGGCAACAUCCACAUCAGCACGGUUGAACGGGCCGCCGAGUCCCUGCUAAAGAUCGAUUAUUCGGAGUUGGAGAUGGCCACGGAUAGAUGGUGUCCAGAAAAUCGUCUGGGGCAGGGCGGUUUCGGCGACGUGUACCGUGGAGAGUGGAAACAGCUGGAUGUGGCCAUCAAGGUGAUGAACUACAGCAAUCCCAACAUGGACCAGAAACAGGUGGAGCUGCAGCAGAGCUACAACGAGCUCAAGUAUCUGAACAGUAUCCGGCACGACAAUAUUUUGGCCCUAUACGGCUAUAGCAUCAAUGGGGAGAAGCCCUGCCUCGUUUACCAGCUUAUGAAGGGUGGCUCCCUGGAGAGCCGCCUGAGGGCGCACAAAUCGCAGCCUCCUCUUCCAGCUCUUACCUGGCAUCAGCGGUUUAGCAUCAGCGUUGGCACAGCCAGGGGCAUUUACUUUCUGCACACGGCACGGAACAUUCCUCUCAUCCAUGGCGACAUAAAGCCGGCUAACAUCCUGCUGGAUCAGUGCCUGCAGCCCAAGAUUGGCGAUUUUGGGCUGGUCCGCGAGGGUCCCAAGUCCAUUAACGCUGUCAUGCAAGUAAAGAAGAAGUUCGGGACCAGGGUCUAUCUGCCGCCAGAGUUCCGUAACUCAAACCAGCUCAGCACCGGCGUGGACGUCUAUAGCUAUGGCAUUGUGCUGUUGGAAGUGUUUACCGGACGCCAGGUGACGGACCGCCUGCCCAAGAACGAUCUGAAGCAGGACCUACUGGUGUACGUCAAGCAGCAUUCGAAGCAUAACCGGGUGGAGCUGCUGGACAAGCACGUUGCCACACCGAUGGGCGAGGAACUGGACAUGUGCAUGUGCGCCAUCGAUGUUGGAGUGAACUGCACUGCCCAGGAUCCGCAGGAUCGACUAUCAAUGGAAGAUGUCCUCGACCGUUUUAGGCCAUUCCGCAAUUAUUAUUAAAUAGUUUUCGUUUUUUUUAAUUUUUUCUUUUUUAAUGACGAACUUUUAAAGCUUGAUUUUAGCCAUCAAUCGCAAUGGUUAUGCAUUCCGUAUUUGAAAAAAAACAUUGAAGACUUAUUGUUAUACAAAUAAUCUAAAUGCUUAAGUGAUAUUUUAUUGAAACUUUGUAUACUUAGUUGUUAUUGUCAUAUUUUAUUAACAUCGAAAAAAUCAGUUUUGUA